UCUAUAAAAAGGAUGAGCUAUAUGGACUUAAGAAAUCGAGCCUUAACUACCCAAAGCAGAUUCCAAAAACUCCAACCCAAAAAAAAAGAAGGGUUUUGGAAAUUUGGAAGUAAAAGCAAGGGAAAAAUAAAAUAAAAAAAGAGAAUGGCAGUCGAAGAAGGAGUUGAUGAUCAAUAUACAAAAGAUGGAACGGUGGAUCUUAAAGGAAACCCUGUUCUUAGAUCCAAAAGAGGUGGCUGGACUGCUUGCUCCUUUGUUGUUGUGUAUGAAGUGUUUGAACGCAUGGCCUACUAUGGAAUAUCGUCGAAUUUGGUUCUAUAUUUGACAAACAAGCUCCAUCAAGGCACUGUAAGCUCGUCCAAUAAUGUCACAAACUGGGUUGGAACAAUUUGGAUGACUCCAAUUCUAGGUGCUUAUGUUGCUGAUGCUCAUCUUGGUCGUUACUGGACAUUCAUUGUCGCUUCCGUAAUUUACCUAUUGGGAAUGACCGUGUUGACCCUAGCAGUUUCACUUCCUUCAUUGAAACCCCCUCACUGUGCAGAUCCCAAAUUGGGAAACUGCAAAAAGGCCUCCACAUUACAACUAGCAGUGUUUUAUGGUGCACUCUAUACACUGGCAAUUGGAACAGGUGGAACAAAACCCAAUAUCUCUACAAUUGGUGCAGACCAAUUUGAUGAAUUUGAUCCAAAAGAAAAAUCCCACAAGCUCUCCUUCUUCAAUUGGUGGAUGUUCAGCAUCUUUUUUGGUACACUCUUUGCCAACACAGUUCUUGUCUACAUACAAGACAAUGUGGGCUGGUCUCUUGGAUAUGGGCUUCCAACUCUUGGGCUUGCCAUUUCUGUGGCUAUCUUUGUAGCUGGUACGCCUUUCUAUAGGCACAAAGCUCCCUCUGGGAGUCCCUUCACAAGGAUGGCUAAAGUCAUAGUUGCUGCAUUGAGAAAAUGGAAUGUGCCUCUCCCUCACGACUCUAAACAGCUUUAUGAGCUUGAUUUGGAAGAGUAUUCAAAGAAGGGAAAGUUUAGAAUUGACUCCACACCAACCUAUAGGUUCCUCAACAAAGCUUCAGUUAAAACAGGCUCAACCAGUCCCUGGAUGCUCUGCUCUGUGACCCAAGUUGAGGAAACCAAGCAAAUGUUGAGAAUGCUCCCAAUCUUAGCUGUCACAUUUGUACCAAGUACUAUGCUUGCACAGGUUAAUACCCUUUUUAUCAAGCAAGGAACCACUCUUGAUAGAGCAGUUGGAAGCAACUUCAAAAUCCCACCUGCAAGUUUAACUGGUUUUGUGACCUUAUCAAUGCUCAUCAGUGUGGUUCUCUAUGACAGAUACUUUGUCAGAAUUAUGCAGAAAUUCACCAAAAACCCAAGAGGAAUCACUCUGCUUCAAAGAACGGGGAUUGGGAUGUUUCUUCACAUCAUAAUCAUGGCAGUUGCUUCUCUCACCGAGAAAUGGAGGCUUGAGGUGGCAAAAGAGCAUGGACUAGUCGAAAAUGGUGGAGAAGUUCCUCUAACCAUAUUCAUUUUGCUCCCUCAGUUUGUGCUUAUGGGAACUGCUGAUGCAUUUCUUGAGGUUGCAAAGAUUGAGUUUUUCUAUGAUCAAGCACCAGAGAGCAUGAAAAGUCUUGGUACUUCCUAUGCCAUGACUACUUUAGGAGUUGGGAAUUUUCUUAGUAGUUUCCUUCUUUCAACAGUUUCACGCAUCACUAAGGAACAUGGACAUGGAUGGAUUCUGAACAACCUCAAUGCUUCUCAUCUUGACUACUAUUAUGCAUUUUUUGCAAUUUUGAACAUUGUCAACUUUUUUUUCUUCUUGGCUGCUUCCAAGUUCUAUGUGUACAAAGCUGAAGUUUCGGAUUCCAUAAGAGUGCUUGAAGAAGAGUUGAAGGGGACUGGAACAAGGAUAUCCAACCAAGUAGGAGACACAAACAUAGAUCAAAGUUAAUAAAAUGGAGUUAUGGAGAUAGAAAAGGUAAAAUUACAACUUUAUGGAAUAUUUUUACUAGUUGGUAUAGAAGCUCUGAUUAUUGAUGACAGACUUUUCAUAGAGUUAUAGUUGUUGGUGUGGUUUUGGGUGUUUAUGGUGGAUUCAAACCCAAUGUACUUUUUUUUUUAUUUUGUUUAAAUUUUUGAAGGAAAAAGAAACACUAUAUAUAUAUAUAUAUACACUAAACGAUUUGGAUUUAGCACAUAAGAAUUUGUGCUUCCUGGGAAUCUAUAAAGUAGGUGUUACACAGUCAUGUAAACCAUUUGGCAAUUUUAAAUUUCAGAAAACCUCUUGGAAAGUAGUCCUCUGACAGUUUAUAUAUUGUUGCCUAUAAGUUGUUUUCUAUUUAA